CCUGAAACGUUCGGCGGUCCCCUCCUCUGCCCACCGCGCUUCCUUCUCCUGCUGGAGAAGUAAGGGUUCUUGAAUGGUGAGCUGUCAGGGGACGCACUGUGCCAACGGGAUCUCUUCGCCUUCGUGCUUUGCCUGAGAUCUCUCAAAUCCAAAUCGGAUUUGGUGUGUACAGCCAUACUGUUGUAUUUGUAUCUCCCCCCACCCCCCCUUCAGUGUCUGACCAAUGCUGGGAUCUGAGAUCUAGUCGCCCCCUUCCUGCUUUCUUUCCGCCUUUCCCCACCCCUUUCUUCUCUCAUCUACACACCACCCACCCCCACUCCCACCCAUCCAAAGGGCAAAGAGCAAAGACACUGGGAAAGAAAAGGGCUAGUUUCAUCUUCUCGAAUUGAAGGAGGCCUCGGGCAGGAAUUGCGCUGUGAGUGACAAUCUUUCAGGAAGACAGAAAUCCAGAGAACAAACCCGGGUUCUCUGGAACAGCGAAGCUCACCAUUGAAUCAAGAGCACCGAGAUUUAAAAUCAAACGACUCCAGUCCUGGGACACUCACGUAUCCUGCUUGCCAUCGAGGGCGUACGGAGCUGUGAUUGUGGGCUCCAGGUCACUGGCAUCGCCACGCUAGGUGUGCGCCCCGCUCUCCCAUUGGUAUGCAGCGACCAUUUCCUUGCAAGUCUCAGAGAUGGAAAUAUUUAAAAGGAUUCCGAUUGUGACUUGGUAGCUUUUCUGAAAGUUGGUGGCCGGAAGAGGAAAAAAUACAAGGCUACAGUAUGAAGGAUACAAUUGAACCUCCCAGAGAGUUUGCCCCUCCCGCUGGGAAGCCCCUCGGAGCAAACCUUGGAGAUCCUGAGCGCUCUGCACCUAUAGUGCCCAAUGAUGUGCUGCCGGUACCCAGGGACAGCAGCCACCGCGGCGGCAGCAGCGGCAGCAGCAAAGGCAACAGCAGCGGCCGCGGAGCUGGAAGCCUGCUGCAGCCCCUUCUCCUCCCUCCUCUACUGAGUGUGCCAAGAGGCAGUUCUGCAUCCUAAAGGAGCCCAUUGAAGAGCCCAUUGCAUUCUCAGCACGUCUCAAGCUUGCUUUUUUUUUUUCCGCUUUUUUUCCCCUUCAGCCCCCCACCCCCACCCCCCCAAACCCCCUUUGCUUCAGCUUCAGCAAGAGGAAGGGAGGGUGAAGGAAGGAGAAAGAAUCCUUAAACUCAAGGUUUUGCUUUUUUUUUUCUUUUAAAUAUUCAUUGCUUUAAAAAAAAAUCUCCUGCAAAAAUAGUUUUGUAAUCAACUACGAAUGAUGAAACGUUCCAUAGCUGAGAUGCUUCACAGAGGGAGGAUGCUGUGGAUAAUUCUUCUAAGCACAAUUGCUCUAGGAUGGACUACCCCGAUUCCCCUGAUAGAGGACUCAGAGGAAAUAGAUGAGCCCUGUUUUGAUCCAUGCUACUGUGAAGUUAAAGAAAGCCUUUUUCAUAUACAUUGUGACAGUAAAGGAUUUACAAAUAUUAGUCAGAUUACUGAGUACUGGUCAAGACCUUUUAAACUAUAUCUGCAGAGGAAUUCGAUGAGGAAAUUAUACACCAACAGUUUUCUUCAUCUGAAUAAUGCUGUGUCCAUUAACCUUGGGAACAAUGCUUUGCAGGACAUUCAAAUGGGAGCUUUCAAUGGUCUUAAGAUUUUAAAGAGGCUGUAUCUACACGAGAACAAACUAGAUGUCUUCAGAAACGACACCUUCCUUGGCCUGGAAAGUUUGGAGUAUCUGCAGGCAGAUUACAAUGUUAUUAAGCGCAUUGAGAGUGGGGCCUUUCGGAACCUAAGCAAAUUAAGGGUUCUGAUUUUAAAUGAUAAUCUCAUCCCCAUGCUUCCAACCAAUUUAUUUAAGGCUGUCUCUUUAACCCACCUGGACCUGCGUGGAAACAGGUUAAAAGUUCUUUUUUACCGAGGAAUGCUAGAUCACAUUGGCAGGAGCCUGAUGGAGCUCCAGCUAGAAGAAAAUCCAUGGAACUGUACAUGUGAGAUUGUACAACUGAAGAGUUGGCUGGAACGCAUUCCUUACACUGCCCUGGUGGGAGACAUCACCUGUGAGACACCAUUCCAUUUCCAUGGAAAGGACCUUCGAGAAAUCAGGAAGACAGAACUCUGUCCUUUGUUGUCUGACUCUGAGGUGGAGGCUAGUUUGGGGAUUCCCCACUUGUCAUCAAGCAAGGAGAAUGCAUGGCCAACUAAACCUUCCUCAAUGUUGUCCUCUGUCCAUUUUACUGCUUCUUCUGUUGAAUACAAGUCUUCAAACAAACAGCCUAAGCCCACCAAGCAGCCCCGGACACCAAGACCACCCUCUACAUCCCAGGCUUUAUACCCUGGUCCAAACCAACCUCCUAUUGCUCCUUAUCAGACCAGACCACCAAUUCCCAUUAUAUGCCCUACUGGGUGUACCUGUAAUUUGCAUAUCAAUGACCUUGGCUUGACUGUCAACUGCAAAGAGAGAGGAUUUAAUAACAUUUCUGAACUUCUUCCAAGGCCACUGAAUGCCAAGAAACUGUACCUGAGUAGCAAUCUGAUUCAGAAAAUAUACCGUUCUGAUUUCUGGAAUUUUUCUUCUUUGGAUCUCCUGCAUCUGGGGAACAAUCGUAUUUCUUAUGUCCAGGAUGGGGCCUUCAUCAACCUGCCCAACCUAAAGAGCCUCUUUCUCAAUGGCAACGAUAUCGAGAAGCUGACACCGGGCAUGUUCCGCGGGCUACAAAGUUUGCACUACUUGUACUUUGAGUUCAAUGUGAUCCGGGAAAUCCAGCCUGCAGCCUUUAGCCUCAUGCCCAACUUGAAGCUGCUGUUUCUCAACAAUAACUUGCUGAGGACCUUGCCAACAGAUGCCUUUGCAGGCACAUCCCUGGCUCGGCUCAACUUGAGGAAGAACUACUUCCUCUAUCUUCCUGUGGCUGGUGUCCUGGAACACUUGAAUGCUAUUGUCCAGAUAGACCUCAAUGAGAAUCCUUGGGACUGCACUUGUGAUCUGGUCCCCUUUAAACAGUGGAUUGAAACCAUCAGCUCAGUCAGUGUGGUAGGUGAUGUGCUUUGUAGAAGCCCCGAAAACCUCACACACCGUGAUGUGCGUACUAUUGAGCUAGAAGUCCUGUGCCCAGAGAUGCUGCAUAUUGCACCAGAUGGAGCAUCCCCAGCCCAGCCUGGAGAUUCUCACUUUGUUGGGGGACCAACAAGCGAAUCACCUUAUGAGUUCUCUCCCCCUGGGGGUCCUGUGCCACUUUCCGUGUUGAUUCUUAGCCUGCUAGUUCUGUUUUUUUCAGCAGUCUUUGUUGCUGCAGGCCUCUUUGCCUAUGUGCUUCGAAGGCGUCGCAAGAAGCUGCCCUUUAGGAGCAAGCGACAAGAAGGUGUGGACCUUACUGGCAUCCAGAUGCAAUGCCACCGGCUGUUUGAGGAUGGUGGAGGUGGUGGUGGUGGAAGUGGGAGUGGAGGCCGGCCCACCCUUUCCUCCCCAGAGAAGGCUCCUCCUGUGGGCCAUGUGUAUGAGUACAUCCCCCACCCAGUGACCCAGAUGUGCAACAACCCCAUCUACAAGCCUCGUGAGGAGGAGGAAGUGGCUGUUUCAGCUGUCCAGGAGACGGGGGGUGCAGAACGUGGAGGUUCUGGGGGAACACAACCUCCAGGAAUGGGUGAGGUUCUCCUAGGAAGUGAGCAGUUUGCUGAAACACCCAAGGAGAACCACAGCAACUACCGGACCUUGCUGGAAAAAGAGAAGGAAUGGGCCCUAGCUGUUUCUAGCUCCCAGCUCAACACCAUAGUGACGGUGAAUCACCAUCACCCUCACCCUCACCACUCAGCAGCUGGUGGGGUCUCAGGGGUGGUUGGGGGAACUGGGGGAGACUUGUCUGGGUUCCGCCACCAUGAGAAGAACGGCGGGGUGGUGCUCUUUCCUCCUGGGGGAGGCUGUGGCGGUGGCAGUAUGCUGCUUGACCGUGAGAGGCCACAGCCCGCCCCCUGCACAGUGGGAUUUGUGGACUGUCUCUACGGCACAGUGCCCAAAUUAAAGGAACUCCACGUCCACCCCCCUGGCAUGCAAUACCCAGACUUACAGCAGGACGCCAGGCUUAAAGAAACCCUUCUCUUCUCAGCCGGAAAGGGCUUCACAGACCACCAAACCCAAAAAAGCGAUUACCUCGAGUUAAGGGCCAAACUUCAAACCAAGCCGGAUUACCUCGAAGUCCUGGAGAAGACAACCUACAGGUUCUAACAGAAAGAAGAAAAUAAAUUAGUGCUUUUUUUUUUCUUUCCACAAAAGAAAAAAAGGAAAAUAAAAGAAAUAUGUCCCUUGCUCCUUUUACACUUGUCCCAAUAACUCCAUCCUCACAAUCUUCCCCACCCUGAAGAGAACCGAAACCGCAUGAUAACUAGAGAAUACAGAUGUAUGCUCUCCCCUCUCAGAUGUGAUUUGGAGGAAGGGCCAUACUCAGAUCAUUAAUCAAUGAAGUGCCUUCGCAGACUUUUGCCAGCAAAUGUUAUCAUUAUUUUUUUAUACUGAAACUUGAGACUUUGACUGUGCCAUGUAUAAGGUAUAUUGGGGAUCGUUGUAUUGAUCCUAAUUAAGUAAAAUUCAAUGUGUCUUUUUAUUUUCAGUAACUUUUUUUUUCCCUUUUAUUGUAGCUUCAUUUGAAAGGGAGGGGGGUUGACAUUUGUGGCUUUCUUUCCUCUUCUCAUCAUGGCACAGAUUCUGUACAUGUAUUAACAAUGCAGUUUGCUGCAUGCCUGAAAACUGCAAGACGGGGAGGGAGGGGGCGGGUCUUGCUCGAAUGUUCUCACUCACUCUCUUGUCUCUCAUACCCAUAUGCAAACCACAAAUCCCUGCUUAUGGUUAGGUCCCUAAACCUGCAUUUGGCGCAGGUACACACACAAACACACACACACACACACACACACACAGUCACACACAGUCACACACAAACCAAUCUGCUUAGUUCAGGUUUGAUCCAUUUCUCUCCUCUCCAUAGCUCCACCUGCCCUUCACUUGUAGUGUACAGCUCACAGCAUCUCUCCUACCACCCUGGGAAAAGUCACAUUCGAAGCUGGAUCCUACUGAAGUAAAGGCCUGGUGGUUUAACAGCUGGAGAUACACACCUAGGGUUGAGCACCCUCUUUGUGACAUUUCAUCCUGAUGCCAAGAUUUUUUGGAGAACAUCUGCACUUUCUUAUAUAUAUAUAUAUAUAUACAUAUAUAAAUAAUAUUAAAAAAUAAAAAGCAACUGGGUAUAUAUCACUAACAGCUUUGUAGGAAGCACUUUUAAUGUUUUCUCUCUCACACACAAAGAUUCAAAAGAAAUGUGCAUAUAUUUAUUCUGUAAUUUCAGUGAUUAUAAAUUGUAAAGGUAAUGUUUAAUCAUUGUAUAGUGAUUAUGCGUCUGGUAUAGCUUUCCUAAUAAAAAGUUUUUGAAAAACAUAAUACAUUAUAUAUAGAAGAUACAAAGCUUGAACCUUAAAUUUCAGCUAUGCCAUGCCUUUUGUGCUCCCAUUUAAAAAGGAUUAUUUCUUUUACAUGUUAUACUGAACGCUAAUUUAUUAACAAGUUUGAUGCACUGUGAUGUUGACAAAUUUUAAAAUCCAUCAUCCCUAUCCCAACCCAGGAUACAAUUGGUAUUUAUCAAAAUCUGAUUUAUAGUUCACUUCUUUUUCUUCGACUGUGAAUUUCAAACUUAUUAACCUGAUGAGGCACUGUCUCUUAGACAGGAUGCAACUGGGAGAAAAUAAAGCAGCUAGAUUGUGAAGAAAUACAGGAUUACUCAGGACAAGUAAUCAAGGAUCCAUGCAUCUUAAGAUACUAAAUGACAUAAGGAAAAAGGAAAGUGAAAUUGCUAUUCUUUAUAAAAUAUGCACUAAAAUUACACAUACACCUUCAUCCACCCAUUCCUAUUUACACAUAUACACACAAGUAAAUCAAAAUCAAAGGCCUUGAAGCUGAGUGGACUGUCAAAAUAGUAUUAUUUGUGAAAGUUGUCACUGUUUUGUUUGACCAUUGUUUUUCCCAACCACUUUCAGCAAAUGGCCCCAGGAUGGCUUGAAGUAAGACAGAAGACGCUGAAUGAAUUUUCCUUUCUGUAUGACAUUAAAAUGAUGUUGAAAAAUUAACUUGACAAUAGUUCAAGUUAUGAUCCAUUUACAUGUGAGUGAAACCAAAGAAAAUUGGAUUUUUAAGAUGCCAGUCUUGCUAAAAUGCAACCAGAGCGCUCUGAAGCUGGCAUUUAUCCCAUUAGGCCAGUAGAGGGCAGCAGAGCUUCAAAGAUCCACAGAUUCUGUAGGCACAGAAUUGUGCUGUGAGGUCGAUGUUUUCACCUAGUUUCCUCAACCUGCCCUUAGUAAAAAUUAUCAUUAUGUGUUGAAUGUAAUUCGUCAUAAGUCACUGAUGCCUUACAUCAUAUUUUUUUUUCUCACAGAAAUGAGUGAUACCAACAGCUUCUAAAGCUGUGUGGAAGAAAUAGUAGGAGGGCAUUGUAUUUUUUUUUUUUUAAACGUCCUACAAAUUUCUAGAACUUAUCGAUAUAACUCUUGAUUAAUUAUAUAUAGCUUCUAAUAUACAGAUGUAUACAAAGACAAAUCCCAAGUAUUUCAAUUAUAAGUCAAACUUUCAGGACUACCUUGCAUUUGACAUGUUGUGUCUACAACUUUUGCCCUCUGUUAUUGGAAGUACGUUUUGGACUUAGUUUAGAAAUGAACAAAAAGCCCUUGAACAUAAAUGAUUAUUUAUUCAUGCACAAUAUUGAAACAAAAUUCUUAUACAAGAGAAACAAAAUUCUUAUUCAAUAGAGUUAGGGCCACUAUUAAAUAGGUCAUUUCUUUUUCUUCUUCUUUUUUGUUUUAACUUUCCUAUAGGUUAUCUUUUUCUAGUUAACUCACCUUGCUUAUUUCUUCUUCCUCCUCCUCCUCGUCCUUGUCCUCGUCCUCCUCCUCUUCUUCUUCUUCUCCUUCUCUUUCUUCUUCAUGGGAGCCAGUGCUAUUCCUUAAAAGUGUUUUAAAACUCAAUUUAUGGAGUCCCUUUAAAUUAGUGUUUCAUCAUAUCUCCAUUUCAUCCAAUCAAAUAUUUUGAAUAGGAGAAAAGCAUACAUAAGAGUGGAAAGCUAGAUGCUUCUGGUAUUUACUUAAUAAACAUGCUCAUCUCCAUAACAGGCAUAUUAUACAAACCAGGUGAAAGUAUAAUUCCUAGAGACCCUGGUGCUUUCAACAUUUGAAAAAUGAGGCUCCAUAAACUAUAUUGAAUUAUGAUAUAACUUGCUAAUUAUAAUGUUUAUAUUUUAUUUAUCAAAUACAGAAAGUGAGCCUGUCUUGUCUUAAAUAUAGGUAGUAAUUUCACCCUUGAAUAAAAAUACAUUUAUUUAUUUAGUGGAAAUAAAUUUAUAUGAGAACGGAAUUUUGUAUUUGAGAGAAUUUUUUUUUUCUUCCAUGGACUUUUCUACCCCCUGGAUAGGGUCACUUGUUUUAAUUUUGUAUUAAUAUCAAUUAAGUUGGAUUUAAAUUAUAAUACCAGAUAUGAUUCUAUAAAGUACUAUGGCUAUUAAUAUAGGUACAGAUUAGCAUCUGCUUUAUGCUUCUGCUGCAGUAAAAUAUUUAUUUUUAAGAAAAAAAUAGACAACUAAUUCACUUUCUAGCAGUGUUCUGCUACUGAAACAGAUCCAGAUUGGACAGAUAUUUGCCAUUAUUCAUUGCUAUUUUUAUUACUAAUUCUAGUAAUAAUAUUUGGAAGUAACAAACAUAUUGUAAUGUCCCUUCAACAUGUUUAGUGAAAAAUAAUUGCAAAUGAACUAUUAGUUUAAUUCAGCAAUAGCUUUAAUAUGUUAUAUAUAAUUUUGUGGUAUUAUUUGUGUGGAUGCUUUUAUAUUUUUAUUUAGAAAGACAUAUUAUUUCAUCUAAUUGCAAAAUACUUUAAAAAUAAGUAUGAUGAAUACCAUAUUUUUAAUAAAAGUUCAGAGAGAGAAUCACAAGGAAAAGUUUUAAUGACUGAGUUUGAAAUUUUAUUUUCUUACCUGGGAAUUUUAGUUUUAAACUUUGAUAUCUGAACAAAGCAGUAUUUGUAUUUUGGAUUAUGAAAACCCAUAUUACAAUUAUGAAGCAGAAGACCUUUUUAGCCAUCUAAAAAUAUCAUUUUGAUUCAUUUAACAUAGAUCUAUUAUUUGUAUAGCCCUGUCUUUUUGAAAUUGUGUGGUCUAAGCUGAAAAAUGUAGCACUUUUUGUGAAAUGGCGAUGACAAAGGGAACAUUAAUAAAAUGCUUCACAAAAUGUGAGGCCUAUAUUUACAAUGAUAAGUCAAGAUACUGUGAGAGGAAAUGAUAAUAAAAGGUCAGGCCAUCUUAAAUGACUUGAGCUAUUUUACCCUGAACUUAGACAUUUAUAGCUUAUACUUAACUCGAUAUCAUCAACUAUGAAAAUUCAGGUAAACAGAACAUAAAUAUCACUAAAUUCACCAUGUAAAUGUUCUACUGACUCAAUUAUAGGCCUUUAAAGUAAUAGGAGCAAUAACACAUGUGCAAUUGGGCAAUCAUGUGUAUAUUCAUAUAUACACAUAGCACUAUUAUAUAUGUAUAUACAUUGUAUAUACAUGUAUAUAGUUUAUAUAUGCUGGAUUAUACUUAUAUGUAAAAUAUGCAUUUUUCUUACAUGUUUAACACUAGUUUUAUGCAUUUAUUUUUCUUGCUUCUGUCUAGCCACCAUCCAAGUGAAGCUUGGUGAUGUUAUAAGCCUCACUUUGGAAAUCUUCACAUGUAAAAAGUAAAACUGUAAUUAAUAUUUCUGAAUUUAAAAGUUCUUUCAUCUUCCACUUUGUUUCAUUUUGUUAUUUAAUUUAUAGGGGACAAAUCUCAGUCAAAUUGUGAUUAGAUUUUAAAUCUUCACAGUAAAAGAAACUCAUUUCUCUAAGUAUGCAACAUGUCAAAUCAAAAACAAGUGCUUCUUUCUUCAUUUUUCUAUUUCUAGAAUAAACCUUACAGGUGGAAACAAUUUUAGUAGCUUUAUCAAUUAGACAAGACCUUUGUAAUCAAAAUAUAUAGAAAAACUGGAAUUUGAAGGUAAAAUGUAAGAGAGGUAAAGAACCAGUUUAAGACAUUCAUCAUCGUAGUUUACCUCUUUCAACAUUAAUAAUAGUAGAAAUGACCACUUUUAGUAUGCUCAUAUGGAAUCUAAACUGAAAAGGAAGAUGUUUUUCAUAUCAAGAAAGCGGGCAUAUGUCAGGAUUGUUAGUUGUAAAGACAAUGUUUUGGCCUGCUUCUUUAAUUCUGAAAACAUCUGCUCCUGAGAAUAAUAUACAUACUUUUGACAAAAUGUUUUAUUUCCAUUCUAUUAUACUUAUAUAUGUGGUUUGUUAUAUGGUUUAAAAAAAUUUUAAUAGAAAAUAAUACAUAUAUACUUAUAGAUAUAUAGCCACAUGGGGACUAUAAUAAAUUUACGGUUUGACCCAACCCUUCUAACAUCUUUGAAGAGUUGAAAUGUGAUAAACAUCACUAAAAAAGGCUUUCUUCAUUACCUCUCAGUAACAGAAAGGUCCAGUAUGUCAAAUUUGAUUUUUUAAAAAUACAUUGUUAUGAGAAGAAUGAAAUCACAGUUUCCAGUAUAUUGUAUCAAAGCCUAACAAAUUCCAUCAAAAAGAAUGUGCUAAUGACCAACUAAAAACAAAAUUGAAUGCUUUGUUUCAAUUAAAUUGUAAUGUUCUCUUGACCAUGAAA